AGUUGAACCGAAAGAAAGGAAAAAGCCCAGCCCAGCCCGUGAACACACUAAAACCUAAUAAAUAUGAUCGAAAAGAAGAAAGCGGUCACCUGCUUCGCUCAUAAUUUCGGCUUUAACCCUAAUGGAUGAAACUAGGCGACGACGGGGAGACGAGGAAGCUCUUGCUCGUCACGAUGCUAUAAUGGCUCUUCGUCAACUUAAUCUCAACCCUCAACGACCUGAUUCAGCAUAUCUGAGGACUCUGGAUACUAGUAGCAGGAAGACGGCAGAACUUCUCCAGGAUUUAGAGCGGAUGGAUAAGGAGGAGCUAGAAAAGACGUUGGAUGAUCUGCGAGGUGUAAAUGUUCGCACUAGUGAAGCAGUUUAUGCCAUUUGCAAGGCCGUAAUCAUGUCCUCAAAUGUACAAGCAGCUGCUCAGAUUUGCUCCCUACUUCAUCAGCGGCACAAAGAGUUUUCUCCGUGUUUAAAACAAAGUUUCUUGAAAGUCUUCUCUCCUGGAAAUGCCGACUGGUUUAAAAAAAGCAAGAUCCUAUUACUUCUUCUGGUGCUCUACUAUGUCGGAGUAAUCAGAGAUUGCGACAUCUUCGUCAAUGUUAUUAAGGAUAUUACCAGUGUUGAACGACUGAGAGACAGAGCUAGCAUCCCACUUUAUGUGCCAAUGCUAAUUGAUUUCGCUGAGCAUGGAAGAUUUUUCUAGAUUAACUUAUGUUUUAUCCCAUCUCUGUUUCUUCUUUCCUGUACUUUAGCUAAAUGUGACCAAGGUUUUCUCUAGUUCUUUAAGGGUCUCGACGUCACUGAAGAACUGAAGAACAGUUGCAAGAUGGCUUUCAAAACAUAUUAUACUGCUCUGGCCGAUCUCCUUCAGUGUGAGAACGAGUUACUUGUCCAAAUGGAUAAAGAUAGUGCUAAACUGGAGCUUAGUGGAGACAAUGCAUCUUCUCAUGAACAGCUGAAGAAAUCAUGUUCCGACCUCUAUUAUUUUCUCUCAAUCUUGGCCGAAUUACUUGAUCUGCAGCCUCCUGCUAAGGAUGGCACAAUCACCGAAUCAGUUGAUGUGCAGCCUCGUGCUAAAGAUUUUACAACUUGGCUCGCAGAAGUUUGGCCGAAUCACUUUAUACCCAUUGAUCUGAGACCAUCCGUUCAAGCAGAUGUGUUGGGAGAAGCAGCUCAUACAUCGGAUGAGCAAUCUGCAAAGGAAAAAGAUAAUACCUCUGAAGCCUACACAGUGCCACUCCCAUUUGACGUAAUGAGAAAAAUAUUAUCAAGGUGUGAGGUUGAAGAUCUUGUGCGGUUCAGAACGGUGAACAAAGAAAUCAAUGCAUACAACUACAAGCUGCUGAUGCAUCAAGCACUGGAGUUUUUCAUCAGAGUAGAUAACAACCAUACCGUUCAGAUAAUGAAUCCGGGGACCCGAGUUCUGCGUGAAUUAGAAACUCCAGAGGAUUUUCGUGGUGCAGGGGCUGUUUCCUCUAUGGUUCACUGCAAAGGAUUGGUCCUUUGUAGCUUUAUGGAUGCCAAGCUAGCAAUUUGGAAUCCGGUUUUGAUCAAAGCGAGAUGGAUCAACCCUCCCUCCGGUGGUUUCACGAAUUUUGAUUUCUAUGGGCUUGGAUACAACGAACCAUCUCCUGACAGCUACAAAGUCUUGAGGUUUAUUCACAGGGCACAGUUUCAGAACAGUCACUUUUCUGGAGAUGAUAUACAACAGGCUGAGAUAUAUGAGUUCGGAACCGAUAGUUGGAAAACGGUUGAGGCUAAGAGAGACUGGAUAAUAGAGAGCUGGAGUAAAGGGUUGUCUAUCAAUGGGAGGAUGUAUUGGGUUGCGUGGAAGCGUUUACAAGAGAGUUCAAAACCGGUGGCUUUCAUUCUAAGUUUUGAUUUCUCCACGGAAGAAUUCAAAUCUAUUGUGGACUGUCCUAAUAACGGGAAAGGAACGCUUAGAUUAGGAAGCUUUGAGAGGGAUCGCCUCUCUCUCAUCCAGCAAUCUGUUUCUACCAGAGUGAUUGAAGUUUGGGUGACAGAGAGUAAUUUGGAGUCAUUUACGAGGAAAUUUACUAUGAGUGCUAGAAUCCCAAAUUUGCAGAGGCAUUUUUCUCAUCCUGUUUACACGCUUGGGAAAAACAAUGGUGUCAUGGCAUGGUGCCUAGUAGAAGCCAAAGCGGAAAGUCCUAUGUUGUUUGACAAAUUUGUUUUCUGUGAACUUUAUGAGGAGGGUGGUUUAGGGUUUGAGUCUACGAUUGUGAACGAAAGGGAGGGCGGGGAUGUUACGCUUAAUGUGGGCUACCUAUAUUUCCCAAGCCUUGUUCCACUUCCAAUAGUUGGUAGCACGCCUACUACUUACUGAGUCAGUUGAUCUAUACGACACAACAGCAGCAUCGGUUUCACCUACUGUGACAAAUCCAAAUCCAUGCUUUUGUGACUUGUGGAACUCAUGGAACCUCUUUUCUUUGAUCAAACUCUGCAACACUUCUUUUGCUUUAGAUGUUUGCUUUUCUUUGAUCAAAUUCUGCAACAGCUCUUUUGCUUUAGAUAUCUGAACAAAAUCUCAUUAUGGCCCGUUUCUUUUA